CCAGCUGGGCGGUCACGAUCGCUAUGUGGUUCGUUUUGUAUAUUUUCCUGGCCCUGCCGCUGCUGGUGGUGGCUUAUCUGGAGCUAAGUACCUUUCGCCGGCGUAGGGUACUGAGCAAGUUCAAUGGCCCCACCGGUCUACCCAUCGUCGGAAAUGCCCACCAGAUGGGCAAGAAUCUCUCAGAGAUUCUCGACCAGAUCUUCUCCUGGUGGCAUGAGUACAACAAGGAUAACUUUUGUUUCUGGAUAGGAACCUACUCCAAUCUGUUGAUCACGAAACCCAAGUACCUGGAGUACAUACUCAGCAGUCAGACGCUUAUCUCAAAGUCCGACAUCUAUAAUCUGACACAUCCCUGGCUGGGACUGGGCCUGCUGACCAGCACGGGCAGCAGGUGGCACAAGCACCGCAAGAUGAUCACCCCGGCCUUCCACUUCAACAUUCUGCAGGACUUUCACGAGGUGAUGAACGAGAACUCCAACAAGUUUGUCAAGGUGUUGAGGAAGGUGGCCGCCGGGGACAAUAUAUUCGACUUCCAGGAUCAGGCCCAUUACCUGACCUUGGAUGUUAUCUGUGACACGGCCAUGGGAGUGUCCAUCAACGCCAUGGAAAACCGAGACUCAUCCAUCGUGCAGGCUUUCAAGGACAUGUGCUACAACAUCAACAUGAGAGCUUUUCACCCCCUGAAGCGCAAUGAGCUACUGUAUCGAUUGGCUCCGGAUUAUCCCGCUUACUGCAAGACCCUCAAGACCCUGCAAGACUUCACCAACGACAUCAUCGAGAAGCGCGUGGCGGCCCAUAAAUCGGGAGCCGUUAACAGCAACCAAGGCGAUGAGUUCUCCCGCAAGAAGAUGGCCUUCCUGGAUACCCUACUCUCGUCCACGAUCGAUGGUCGCCCUCUGACUUCCCAAGAUCUAUACGAGGAGACCUCCACUUUCAUGUUUGAGGGACACGAUACCACCACCUCCGGAGUGGCCUUUGCAGUCUACCUGCUGUCCAGACAUCCAGAAGAGCAGCGAAAACUAUUUGAGGAGCAGCGCGAGGUAAUGGGUGCUACUGGUCUGGAGCGAGAUGCCACUUUCCAGGAAAUCUCCCAGAUGAAGUACUUAGAUCUCUACAUUAAGGAGGCUCAGCGUCUGUAUCCCAGUGUGCCCUUCAUAGGUCGCUUUACUGAGAAGGAUUAUGUGAUUGAGGGCACACUCAUUCCCAAGGGAACCACACUCAACUUGGGGCUGGUGGUGCUGGGCUAUAAUGAGGAGGUGUUCAAGGAUCCGCACAAGUUCCGACCCGAGCGCUUUGAAGAGCAGAAACCAGGACCCUUUGAGUAUGUGCCAUUCAGUGCCGGUCCCCGGAACUGUAUUGGCCAGAAGUUUGCUCUGCUCGAGAUCAAGACUGUGGUGUCCAAGAUCAUUCGCAACUUUGAGGUGCUGCCCGCGCUGGAUGAGCUGGUCUCCAAGGAUGGCUAUGUGAAUACCACCCUGGGCAAGACGCCUGCCGAGAGGAAGAAGCUGGAUGCUAAUCGCCAUAAAUACGAUCCCAUUCUGUCCGCUGUGCUGACCCUUAAGUCAGAGAAUGGACUUUUCAUUCGCCUGAAGGAGAGGCCUGAGAACCCGACCGGUUGGUUGGAGUAUUUAAGCGACGCACCGCUGCGCUCUGCAGUCAAUUUGGAUUCGCUCGCUGCACCAAACGGUUCGCUUUCGAAAAUGUGGGUCGUGCUCUGCGCCUUCAUCGCCCUGCCCCUGCUCUUGGCGGCGUAUUUCGAGCUGGGAUCAAUGCGCCAGAAGCGAAUGCUAAACCAGUUCCGGGGUCCCAGAAUGCUGCCGGUGGUGGGCAACGCACAUCAGAUGGGCAAGACGCCCACAGAGAUUCUUAAUCGAUUCUUUGGCUGGUGGAAUGAAUAUGACAAGGGCAAUUUUCGAUACUGGAUAGGUUACUACUCCAACAUAAUGGUUACCAGCCCCAAGUACAUGGAGUUUAUACUCAGCAGUCAGACUCUAAUAUCAAAGUCAGAUGUGUAUGACCUAACACAUCCUUGGCUGGGAUUGGGACUUCUAACCAGUACAGGCAGCAAAUGGCACAAGCAUCGCAAGAUGAUUACCCCGGCCUUUCACUUCAACAUCCUGCAGGAUUUUCACGAAGUGAUGAACGAGAAUUCAAGCAAGUUCAUCGAGCACCUGAGAUCCCUCGCCACUGGAGACAACAUCUUUGAUUUCCAGGAUGAAACCCACUACCUAACUCUGGAUGUUAUUUGCGACACUGCCAUGGGUGUGUCCAUCAACGCCAUGGAAAACCGAAGCUCAGCUGUAGUUCAGGCUUUCAAAGACAUAACUUAUAAUAUCAAAAUGAGGGCCUUUAGUCCCUGGAAGCGCAAUAACCUGCUCUAUCGAUUAGCUCCCGAAUAUCCAAAAUAUUGCCGAACUCUAAAGACUCUGCAGGAUUUUACCAAUGAAAUUAUAGAAAAGCGAAUUGAAGCUCGAAACUCAGGCGUUGAGUCCAAAAUUCAAGGAGAUGAAUUCUCUCGCAAGAAGAUGGCCUUUCUGGAUACUCUGCUUUCGUCUACUGUUGAUGGACGACCUCUUACUUCUCAAGAGCUUUAUGAAGAGGUCUCCACAUUUAUGUUUGAAGGACACGACACAACCACCUCUGGAGUGGGCUUUGCGGUCUAUCUGCUCUCCAGACAUCCAGAAGAACAGCAAAAAUUAUUCGAAGAACAAUGCGAAGUGAUGGGCGAUUCUGGGCUUGGUAGCGAUGCCACCUUCCAGGAAAUCUCUCAAAUGAAAUACCUAGAUCUCUUUAUCAAGGAAUCCCAACGUCUUUAUCCCAGUGUGCCAUUUAUUGGCCGCUUCACAGAAAAGGAUUAUAUGAUAGAUGGUGAAUUGGUACCGAAAGGCACUACCCUAAAUCUGGGUCUACUGAUGUUGGGCUACAAUGAUCGUGUCUUUAAGGAUCCCCAUAGAUUCCGACCCGAGCGCUUCGAGGAGCAGAAGCCAGGACCCUUCGAGUAUGUGCCCUUCAGUGCUGGUCCCCGUAACUGUAUUGGCCAGAAGUUUGCCCUGCUGGAGAUCAAGACUGUGGUAUCCAAGAUUGUUCGUAACUUCCAAGUUCUGCCUGCCCUGGAUGAGCUUGUGUCGAAGGAUGGCUACAUAAGUACUACUCUGGGCCUUCCUCCGGCAGAGAAGGCCAAACGCGAUGCUCACAUCCACAAAUACGAUCCAAUUUUAUCCGCUUCCAUGACUUUAAAGUCGGAGAACGGUCUACACCUGCGCUUAAAGCAGAGGCUUUAGGCGGAAUCGCACUGCCUACUUUCAGGCCAAAUAUUUUUAUAAAAUUUUAAUUUUUACAUAGGCAAUAUACACUUUGCAUUUCGUCAAAUAAAAUUAACCUAACUAGA